UACCCCAACUGUCAAAUCGCUUUCGAGUCGAAAUUCGAAAAUCAGUUUUCCUCAUGUUCCUGAGGGGCACUACGGCUUUCUAUUUAAAAAUACCGUAAAAAUGCAAUAUCGCGGCCGCAAUAAGCUAGCAGCACGAAUCCUUUUCAGGGUAUUCAUAACUCAUUAGGACCUACAUUAUGCACACACUCCCGACUCGAAAGCGAUUUGACAGUUGGGGUACUUCCCUCGUAAGAUAAUUUCGAAAAUUUUUAAUUUUUUUCUUUUACAAUGAUAGCUUUGAGUAAACAAUAGUAGCAUUUGUCGUUUGUCUUUUUGUUAGAAAAGAUAAAUUAAGAAAUAAUCGAAUCAAUGAACGUAUUUUAUCGACAAUAAAUAUAUUGUUCGACUUCUAAUGUUUCAAGAUUUACAAAAAUCUAAUGUAUUGUAUAUAUCGUUCUUUUCAAUGGUCCUUAUAGAGUCUAUUGAAUGAUUUAAUGUUUCUUAUGUGCCAAGGUGUUGGAAAACUUGUGAAAUAUAUUUGAUACAUUAGUUGUGAACAAACUUCCAAAUUUUGAUCUCGCACAUCUCUACGCACAGCGCAUUUUCAGUAUGUGUUUUGCCUACAAAUUGAAAAGAUUUCUAAGGAAGAUUUUAUUUUUUCAAACUUAUCAAUUGGACACAUCAUGGUUUUCUAGAAAAUCAAUAGUACUUAAAGUUCUCUACAACUAACAUAGAAUUAGUUGUGAAUUAUAUGGUUCGAUAUUUUUCAAUGGUGUUUUUUGUAAAUUUAAACAUCAAUGACUGUUUCGAGGUCAAGAGUUAAAUUAAAGAUAUUUCUACGUUAGAAUUCGAGAAGUCCUGGUGAAUAAGUUUAAUUGAAAAAUAAUGUUCUAGUCCAGUUUAAAUACGUAAUUUCUUAAUAUAGUAGAUUUCACCUUUUAUAUAAUCUAAUUGUUCAAAUUAUUAUUAUGAGAUGAAUAUUAUUAUGCAAAUAAUGUAAACAAUAUUUUAUUUUCUAGCUCGAUGCAACAUUAUAUCGUCGAAUUCUAUUACAAAUACCAACAAAAAUAAUUCCACGUAUGGUCAAUCCACUUCUUCUAGCUGAUUUUUUGACAGGUUCAUAUGAAACACAAAAUAAUGCAUCAAAAAUUCUUGCACUACAUGGUUUAUAUGUAUUAAUGACACAAUAUAAUCUUGAAUAUCCAUUCUUUUUUGGUAAACUUUAUUCAUUAUUAACAAUUGAUUUAUUUAGUGCUAAAUAUAAAGCAAGAUUUUUUUAUUUACUUGAUAUAUUUUUACAAUCAUCACAUUUACCAGUAAAUUUAGUUGCUAAUUUUGCUAAACGUCUUGCUCGAUUAGCUCUAUUAAUACCUCAACAUGAUCAAUGUUUAAUUAUAACAUUUAUAUAUAAUUUAAUUAUAAGACAUCCAACAAUUCGAAUUAUGAUUGAUAAACAACAAUCUCAAACAAUAGGUACAAAUAAAGAUAUCUAUUCAUCUGAAGAACUUGAUCCAAACAAAACAAAUGCUAUUGAAAGUUCAUUAUGGGAAAUAGAAUCUCUCACUCAUCAUCAUCAUCCUGAUGUAGCAACUUGUGCUCUUGCAUUAAUGUCCAUUCGAAAAAAAAAUAAUGAACGAGAUAUGCAUCAACUACUUGAAAUUGAUUAUGAUGAGGUUUGUAUAUAUACAAUAAAACAGAUUUAUACUUUUCAAGAAAAAUCAGCAACCAUUUAUGUAUGA